AUGCCGGCUCCUGUUUCCGACAGCCUGCCUGUGUUUCCGACGCUGAAGAAGGCAGAUGUCGAUGCCUGCCGCCUCUCCCACUGGUACGACACCUUCGAGGAUUUGACCGUGCCGUCUUCCGUCAUCGAUAUCCGGAAACUCGGAGAGGGUGAUGCCUUCCUGCACUGGCUUGACUCAGACUCCAUCUUCCUCCCUGUUGGCAGCGAGGCUGCCCCCUCCUCCGCUCCGCAGACGCCUGCUCCUUCUCAGCCAACGCCGGCAGCGGGUGGCAACUCGAGCGAGGCCAAGGGAGAUGACGAAGACGAAGCUGCGCCAGAGUACCACCUUCCGGCACUGAACAACGCGAUCAAUGAGGUCCUGCUGAAAUAUCCCCAGGUUUUCCCCAAGCUUAACCUGACGGCACCCCGGGACGCCGCCUUCGUGCUACAGACAUCGAGCGGCCCUCUGGUGUGCCAACGUGCCUCCGAUGUCUACUUGUUCCUGAAGAGCUCAAACCUGAUUCACCACGAUCUCGAGCCUGAGCGACUGUACGAGGGCUGCGAGGACGCCCCGAAUCCGUGGACCGCCACCGAGGAGGAGAAGGAGCAGCAGAGGGCCGCCGUGCCCCUCGAGCUCGUAUUGCGGAAGUACAUCUCCGACCUGAACCCGGCGCUCGAGUUCCGGUGUUUUGUGCGCGACGGCGUGCUUGUUGGUAUCACGCAGCGCGAUCUCAACUUUUACGACCACCUGCAAGACGAGAAGACGCAGGACAAGCUGCGCCGCGGCAUCAGGGAGUUCUUCGAGGACGAGCUCGCGUCCAACCCGCCCAUCGCUGCUGGCUCUUCAAGCUCGACCAGCACGACUCCACCAGACAACGCCUCGUACGUGUUCGACAUUUACGUCGAUACGAAGGGCGCCCUCGGGUACGGAUACCAGUACGAGGGUGACCGCUUCGUUCUCAUGGACUUCCAACCGUACCGGUCCACGACGGACGCGCUGCUCUUCACGUACGAGGACAUUCGGGACAUUCUCCAGAAGUCGCGGGAAGGCGGUGACGGCGUCGAGCAGCUCCCCGUUCUCCGCGUGAUUGACUCUGCUGGACACCCCGACGCCAUCCGCAACCAGCCCACGUUCAGCACGAACAUGAUGCCGGUCGAGAUGAUCGAACUCUCCGAGGGACGGAAUCUGGACGAGUUCCGCGAGGUAUGGGCGCAGGCUGUCGCGGCGGGCAUGGUCGACCUGGCUGACUUGCCCGUUGGUGGACCUUCUGGCAGCAGUGGACAGCAGAACUAG